AUGGCACCGAGGCCCGACACUCAGUUGGAGAAAGUCAUCGAUGAAGUGCUAAGGAGUGGGGAUGUCCAAGCACUGGAUGUGUUUGUGCAAAGGAACAUCCAUGAAGGGCCCCCCAUAACAUGUUCUGCACAGUUUCUCCCCAAAUUGGAUACACUUGUUAGCAGGAGUUUGGAUAAAAAAGAUUCCAAGUCAGCCAGUUUGGGUCUUGCUAUCCUUUACAAGUACGGGAAACACCUGAAACUACCUGGUGGCUGCCAAGGGCUGUCAGGAUUAAUAGCUCAAGGCCUGCUGAACAAGAUGGUGCAGUGGUUUGGGAAAUGCAGGAAACUGUGGAUCGAAUGUGGCCCGAAAUGGGACGAGACCUUGUUCAAUCUGUCUGAGGAAUUCUUUGAUGCCUUAAUGGUGGUUCAUAAAGCAUGCAAAGAGGGAACAUGCAAAAUCACAGAGUCCUUCCUGUACCCUGUUGGUCAAUUGGCAGUAGACCCCAGAAUCUACAUCCUGAUCCAAAAAGAGGCAAUUCGCAAAUUUAACUUAAUUCUGGACAAGAUUCCAGUGGAGCUUAAGAAAGAGAGGAAGAUCCUAACAUCAAAGGAGGCUUCAGAUAUCAUGAUGAAGUUGGCUGGUCAGAUAUUGAAGGGGGGUGAUUACGACUUGCAGACAGCCCUGAUGGAGGCAUUGUGCAGAAUGGCCACUCCUGACCAGAGGAAGGAACUGGCAGAUCAAUGGUUCAGCAUGGAGCAUGUGGCCAAUGCCCUAGUCAAGAUCAAAGAUUCUGAGUUUGAGACGGAUUGUCGCACGUUUCUGAACUUGGUCAAUGGAAUACAGGGAGACAGGAGAAGAGUGUCCUCCUAUCCGUGUUUAGAGGUUUUUCUGGACAAGCAUGAGCUGCUGAUGCCCGCUGAUGAGAAGCUGGAAGAAUUUUGGAUUGACUUCAACUUUGACAGCCACAGCAUCUCCUUUUACUUCUCUUUCUUUGAUGAAGCAGCACGGGAGGGCCAAUGGGAAACAAUAUGUAUCAAUGAGAAUGAAGUCAAAAGUUACACUGUUACAGAGGAGGGCACGAGGAAAGUCUUGCAGUUACUGUUGUCAGAGGUGAUCGUUGUGGGUGAGAUAGAAGGAUUGAGUCUUACCAUCCACUUCAGCUCCUCCCUGGACAUCCUGCAGGCUGCUCGUACUGUCUAUGGACACUGCAAAAACAAAGGCUUUGUGGGAAAGACGGGCAAAUCGGUAGUAAAGACUACAGUUAGAAUUAUAAUGACAGACAACAUCUCCCAGGUUGUUCCAGAGAGUCAGAUGUCCCUUGGUGAAAGUGAGAAAGAUACUGCCCCCUACCUUCUACCUGCCCAGUCUGCAAUUGCGCAGAUGAAGACCCCAACCAAGAUGAGGUUUUCAGAGUCUACCACCUUCAUCAGCAACAGUGCAGGAGGAAGUGUGCAUGGUGCCCGUUCCCUCUCCGCUGUUAUGUCCUCAAACACUUCAGCCAAGGGUAAAGGGAAGCCAUCUCUGGAGAUGGUUCCUUCAUGUGAUAGGCAAGGGGAAUCUUACCUGGGAGCGCUAAGGACAUCUGCUAAGACCUGCAGUAAUAGCACAUCUAACAGCACAGCAGCAGGUGGCAUGACAGAGCAGGUUGCUACAUCCCUACAGAGCAUGGCUCCCAAACAGUCCAAUAGGAAUAAGGUUGGCAAAUACAAAAAGAACAUACCAGUGGCAGAAGCAGUCAAUAUGGUUCUAUCUGGACAUGGAGAAGAACAGUCUCUGGAGUCUAGUGUUGUGCCUAACACCCAACCCAGAAUUGAGAAGAACAUAACUUUGAACUGGAAAAAAUGUUCAGUUUCUGAAAUGAUAAUGAUGCCGACACAGAAAAUCAAUUUUCUGCCAAGACCUGAGCCUCGUUCAAGUUUGGCACAACAGCAGGAGUGCCCGUCACCAGCACAGAGAUUGUCACUUCCAGGUUCAAGCUCAACCAGCCAAAAGCAACUCCAUACUGAACUCACCCAGCGCCUGCAGAAGGUCCUCAGUGAGAGGAACCAAGAUCCUGCACCACAGCAGCCAUUUGUCCCCCAGAGAAAAUUGGCCGAUCUCAGAGCGGGUUCUAAAGGCACAAACUCUGCAGUUCAGUCUGCUUUGGUGCUGUGUACUUCCAAAGAGCAGCAGACCCAGAGAAAGGCCCUUUCCAGAGGGAAGAGCCAACGCCUGAUGUCACGAGAGGCAGAUGCUGCUGUAAUCAAAGAUCCAGCCAAGACCUCCACAGCCAAGGCUCUGCAGAAGAGAGUUCCACCUAAUGUUAAGGUUGAAACUCAUAAUGGCCCAUCAAACAAAGAGACGAGAGAUGCAGAAGUUGCAGGCAGCCUGGUGAAGCUCAUUUCUAGUCAUUAUGAGAUUAACACCCAAUCCAAAGCAAAAGAUACUGCAGAAAGUAUCCCCAAGAGCUGGAUUCCUCCUCUUGUCAACAGGCCUAUCUUCAAUAUGAGCUGGUUAUCAACUGCUAAAAAAGAAUCAUCAGGAGCUGUAAGCCAAAUUAAAUCACACAGCAAAACCACAACUAAAUCUACACGGCAGAGAAAAGAUAUUUUUGCAUUCAACAUUGAUGCACCAUUGAGUGUUACGGGAAAGAACAAAACAUUCUCUUACACUUCUGCCAUGACAAGCAGUGGCAGCCAUGACUCACCAGCACUGCCCAGCACAAUCAAGAAAGGACAACCUGUGGCAAAAGCGAAGCGCUAUGUGAAAAAGCAUCUGUUCAGUGACACGGACUACAGCACGACAGAUGUCAGCUGGCUGAGGGAAUCAUCCAGGAAACCCAAACCUAAAGUUAACAAAUACUCCAGACAGGCACCUGUCAAGCCGAGAGCAAUGUCACCUCAUACUUCAUAUGAUUUCCCAGAUCUUCCCCCAUCCUCUCGAAAACCUGAAAAGCGCAAUACCAAACUCAACAAGAAGAGGCCUGCCGUGAAGGGGAGAGUGGAGCAGCAACACAAGCCAGUGAAGCUAGCACCAGCACCCAAAAGACCAUAUGCAGCAGGCAGGAUGUCCCAGAGAACUGCAGCCAUCUCUACCAAGAGCUACAAGGAGCCAGACACUGAUGACAGCCUAUCGGAGUCAGAGAAGCCUGCUGUUCCCAAGUACUCCUCCGCUCAUCAUUUGGAGAAUGCUGAGAGAACUCACGAUGCUGCUCAAGUUACAAAGAAAAAGACUGCCAGCAAACGAUCAACCAAAAGCUAUAUGAUACCAGAGAGCAACCAUCAUAGCAGCCAGUCAGAGUCCAUGUUUGGGCAGCCACCCCCUUCCAAGAAGCAGAGGCCUGAGAAUGUUCUUUCAGAAACUAGGAAGUUAAAUAAGAAAAAUGUCGUCCCUGCCCAAGAACAAGUGAACAGAUUGAAGGGUCCCCGGGCUGCCCGCCAGACCUUCUUCUGUCCAUCCCCUCCUUUGAUCGAGAGGAUGAGAUCUGCUGAGAGGUCAGCCCCAACCUUGGGUUUGACCUGCUCGCCUCUCUUCACCCCGCGGGGAUCCCCACUCCCUGCCUCCCCCGACCAACUCUGCGAGGACCCCUCCUCACCUAUCCUGCUGCUACCCAAACCUCGCUCUACAGUCAGCAGUAAAGGAGACUUAAGGCCCUCCUCUUUCUACAGUGCAGGAAAAAAGCGGAGCUCAUCCAAGACUGGAUCCAACCAGUCUGCACCCUCUCUCCCUUCACUGAUCCCCAUCAGUCAAACCCCUGGACCUAGUGCAGCAGAGAUGAAUCCAAUCAAGGAGCGUCUACCCUCCGCACCUCAAUCUCCCUUUUCUCUGUCUGCUCGGCCCCUGUUGACUUCCACUCUUCUCGAGCUGGACAAGCCGUCCAUUCCCUCUCCUUCUCAGUCUCCGCUCCCUGAAGACACUUUCAACCAUGGGAGCCAUUACAGCUUCAGUAAAGUGUCUUCAGUAUCUUGGGUUUCAUCCACUCAGUCAUCAGUACUCACUAGUAGAGUUAAGGACAGCCCUGUAGCUGCCCUUGCUGUGACUAGUACAAAAGAGGAAACACCAUCUUCAGACCGAGAUCAAAAGUCUGACCGACUUCAUUUCUCAGGACCCAGUCGAAAGCGCCACGUCUCCUUUUCCAGUAAGUCUGAGGAAGAUGAAAAGGAAAAGAGGCAGAAAAGCAAGACGAGAGGACAGCGCUCUCCUCGGAUGAAACCAAGGAAGUUGUUCAAAUCCUUCGCUGAGGUGUCUGCUGAGGGUGAGGUGAGCUGUGUGAUGUCUUCUUCCCACACAAUGAGCUCCAGUCAUUGGGAGGCUGAGGUGGAAGAUGGAGACAUGGAUGUGGAUGAGGAUUUCGAGUUGCCAAAAGUUACUGUAAACCCGAGUAACCUGUGCAAACAAUUCAGCUCUGAGCUGAAGAAAAAGUUCCAGAGCCGUCAUAAUAUGGUGAAAGUUUACAACAAGCAGUCCUUGAAGACCGUCCAACAACAUGUCUCCUGCCUCAACGCGCAAGUUGCCAAAUACAGGACUCAGAGGCUUGAACAGGUUCAGAAGGUCCUCAUGGAAGAGAUCCACAAACUGGAGAAGGAUGACACUGUGCUUAAGCGCAUGGAGAAAGACCUGACUAUUUAUUGGAAAAAGCAGGCCGUGGCUUUCCAUUCCUACCAGGAGCAGGGAACAAUCAGAAAUGAGGCCUUGAAGAAAGCCCUCCAGACUAACGUGUGUCACAGUGUGGAGUAUGAGGAGAGAAUAUUCACAUCCCAGAUGUGCAUGAUACGAAAUGACAUGAAGUCAGUUCAGGACAGACUCCUCAGCGAGAUGCAAGAGGGGGAGAUCCAGAGUGUGAAGAGAGGCCUGCAUGCUCUGUUUUUCCCCUGA